AUGAUGUUUGUCUCGACUACAGUCUCGAUCUUUGUCGGCAUGCUCGCCAUCGGGACCACAGCGACCACUACCCUCGCAAGAUGCAACGCGGACAACUGCUACCGCGCCCUCUUCCCAUGCCCCUCCCCGUCCGCAGUCUCCUCCGCCUCCGCCUUCUGCGUAACCCUCACAGCAGACGGCACAACCGCAACAAACUUCCCCGCCCGCGCAACCUCCGCCUGCGGCACCUCCGCAUCCCGCUACAUCUCCGCCUGCGCCUGCGGCCCCACCUGCACUCCCUCCCCGACGCCCCCGUGCGGCAGCCCCUCCGGCACAAACCUCCUGACCAACGGCGACUUCGAAUGCGGCAUCAGCCCCUGGAUCGUCCAGAACCUAGACCAAAACGCCCGCGUCGGCGUCACCUCGGCAGCAUCCCACACGGGAACGCAUUCGUUCGAGUCCCGAUUGCUGUAUGAUCGGAACUCGCAGGACCCGGUCGUCAGCGCGCGGCUUUCGACGCCUGUGUUUUCCGUGCAGCCGGGUGUGCCGUGCAGGUUGAGGUUCUGGUCGUAUUUUGAUAAUCAGGCGGCGGGGUUCAUCGGGAUCCAGUUUAAUGGCGAACCGAAGAGGACGCUAGAUGCUGGUGAUGCGGGCGGGUGGGGGAUUUGGAAGGUGUUUGAGGUGGAGUAUACGCCGGUGACGGAUAAGCUUGAUAUCACACUCGAGUUUUUGUAUGGGCGGGUUGCAAGUGUUGUGAGGGUUGAUGGGGUUGAGUUUGGGUAUCUUCAUUAG